GCCGCGAACCGUCAACAACGUCCUUGUCGAACUUUUUUCUGAAUUCAGAAAAUUCCGAUAAAUCACUGAUAUUAAAUUGAUAUAUUUGAAACACAAAAAAAUUAAAAAAUAUAAAAUAUAUAUAUAUCAAUACUAAGUUUUGAACGCGGUUCAAUUGAACGGUUGAUGUGCGCUUUUUCGUCCGAGUGUGCGUGUGAGACGGGAACAGCGAAUACAAGUGUAUGAUGAAGAUGCGGGAAAUAACGGUGCAUGGCAUCAAGCAUCCAGUAUUAAAAUAAGAUUCCAGUGCAGAGCAUUUUCCAUAACCGUUUUGAAAAAUAUUCGAAAAUGUUGGCUCAAAAUCAAUCGAAAUUCGUCAAGUGAAGUGCAAAAACAGAAACGAAACGACGAAACCGGUUCGCCUCCGCAAAGAGCAAAGCCAAUAGCAAAACCAAAAUCAAAGGCAGCGCAAGAAUUUUUGUUGUUUGGCCAAAGUAGCGCUGCCGGCGUCGUCGUCGCCGCCACCGUUUGGUGCGUCCGUGUGUGUGCGAGCAUCUCGGUGAAAAGAAGUGAGAAGGAGAAGCAAAGUCAACGGCAAAGGAAAAGGUACGCAGUGAUAGAGAGAAAGAGAGGCACAAAACGUGGUAGGAAUUUCUUGUUUUUAGACAGGCAAAAGCCAAAAACAAAAGCAGAAACCUGUUCCCUGCAACAAAAACAGCGACGACGGGGCUCUGUUGCCACAAAAAGUGGCACAAGUGAAAAUUCCUGCCUUCUUGUUGUUGUCUUUUAUUAUGAUUUUUUUCGGUUUUUUUGACAAUUGCCAAAAGUGAAAAUCAAUUUGCCAGAGCGCGCGCGCAUAGAGCGACAAAGGAAGAGCGAGCGUGUCCUGUUUUGUACCCAACCCAAAAAUUGGAGAACGAAAACCUGACGAAAAAUAAAAAUACCACUAACAACAACAACAAAAACAUAUGUAAAUCCUCGGCAGAUUACAACAAAAGUAAACAAGUUUCAACCGGAUUCAGGGGAAAUUCUGGAAGAGCAGCAAAAUAAAAGAGAGAGCGGCAAGUGAAAGAGAGAGAGAGGUAAUUAAAUGGAAAUCGCUCAUCAAUUUUAUGGAAUAUUUCACAUAUUAUCCACUCGACAUGCUGUGCAGUUUGAGCUGCACUUGAUCAGAGGCAAGGCCUCUGACGGUGAAAGAGCGCAGUGAGAUCCAUGAUGCGUCCCAGUCAACGGAAGUGUACCACAAACAUCAACGAAAUGUCCAAACGAAACGCAUUCCAGCAGCAAAAGGCACGAGAACCUACCGACCAAUCAAAUAAACAUUAAACUUAAACGAAGAGAGCACGAGAGAAUUACCAUUAGAGGGAAUCAUCGAAACGAUAAAUCGUAAGCCGCAAAACGAACAAGGAAGGAUAGCAAGGAAGGAAGGAAAGAAUUCUCACCCUGUAGAGAAGCAUCCCCCUCUGCCUGCACACAGGGGAAUAGUUGGUAUAGAGGGAUAGAGAGAGAGUUGGAAAGAAAAGCCGUCAAAAUUACGACGUAUCACCCACCAACACCGAAAGUCAAACAGAACCCGGCCAAUAUGGACGCCACGUCCGGGCCGGGUGCGUUUGACGAUGAACCGCCGCCAGAGCCACGAGACGGAUGGCUGCUGGUGCGCAUCCAUGUGCCGGAGCUGAACGUCUACAAGUGUCUGCAGUUCCCAUCAGAGCGUCUCGUCUGGGAUGUCAAGCAGCAGGUGCUCGCCUCGUUGCCAAAGGAACUAAAGGAGAGCUUCAACUACGGCCUCUUUGCACCGCCCUCGAACGGGAAGGCGGGCAAGUUCCUGGAUGAAGAGCGUCGGCUGGGCGACUAUCCAUUCAACGGACCCGUCGGCUACUUGGAGCUCAAGUACAAGCGACGCGUAUACAAAAUGCUGACCCUGGACGAGCGCCAGCUGAAGGCCCUGCACACGCGUGCCAAUCUGCGCCGCUUCCUCGAGUGCAUCAACGGGGGACAUGUGGAGAAGAUAGCCAAGAUGUGCGCCAAGGGACUGGACCCGAAUUUCCACUGCUCGGAGAGCGGCGAAACACCGCUGAGCGUGGCCACCGGUGCCAAGAAACCGAACAAAGUGCUCAUCGCUUUGGUCAAUGGCGGAGCUCUGUUGGAUUACCGGACCAAGGACGGGACCACGGCCUUGCAUCGGGCCGUGGAGCACGACUCCCUGGAGGCGGUCAGUACCCUUCUCGAGCUUGGGGCCUCGCCCAACUAUCGCGAUGGCCGUGGCAUCACGCCGCUGUACAUUUCGAUAACCAGAAAAUGCGAAUCAAAGAUCACGGAGAGCCUGCUGCAUGACCACGCGACGCUGGGCAUACAGGAUAGCCAGGGCUGGAACGAGGUCCAUCAGGCCUGUCGGCACGGCCUGGUUCAGCACUUGGAACACCUCCUGUUCUACGGUGCUGACAUGGAUGGCCGCAAUGCGUCCGGCAAUAGUCCGCUGCAUGUGUGCGCCGUCAACAAUCAAGAGGCCUGUGCCCGAAUGCUUCUCUUUCGCGGCGCCCAGCGCGGUGCCCAGAACUUUGCCAACCAAACUCCCUAUCAGGUGGCUGUCAUAGCUGGCAAUUUGGAGCUGGCCGAAGUCAUUGAGAACUACAAAUCGGAGGAUAUUGUACCCUUCCGCGGACCGCCGCGCUACAAUCCGAAGCGGCGUUCGGGCAUCGGUUGGCUGAGCGCCAAUGGAGCCGCCGGUGCAGCUCUGCUGGCUGCGGCUGGCGGUGGUCUUGGUGGUGCAAUGAUCAAUGGCAAUGGCAAUGGAAUCGGAAAUGGCAAUGGCAGUGUUGGCGGUGGGGGUCUGAUGAUGAUGAUGAUGCAUCAGCAUCAGAACCAGCAUCACCAGCAACAGCAGCAGCUUCAACAGCAACAACAACAGCAGCAGCAGCAGCAGCAGCACCACAAUCCCCAUCAUCUGCACCACCAGCACCAGCACCAGCUUCAGCUGCAUCAGCUGCAGCUGCACGGUCCGCCCUCGCCAUGCCCCUCGGAGCAUAUGCUGGGCGCCUACAGUUCGGCCAGCUCUAGCCUCUCCGAGGGCUCCUCGGGACACCGUUCGCACGAGGACGACAUCAGCAUUGUGACAGACAAAUCCCUGGGCGAUACGAGCGACAUCAUUAGCGACUCGUCGGGAGUGGGCACCAACUCGGAUUCGGCCGCCUGCUCGAUUGGACACCCCAGCACCACUGUGGUGUGCAUGGAGCCGUAUGUGGGCAACACAGUGGGCCACAUCCGACUGCAGCCCGGCGACGUCAUCGAGGUGGUGGGCAGCACCGACUGCGGCCUCCUCGAGGGCUACGUGAGGGGCACCAAUCAGUCGGGCUUCUUUCCCGCCGACUGCGUCCAGGAGGUGAAUCUGCGCCAGAAGCACAUCACCAAUGUGAUGACCGCCAGCACGGGCAUGGCCGCCCCCCAGCAGACAUCGCUGCAGCCCCAACAGCAGCUGCAGCAGCAGCAUCUGCAGCAGCAGCCCUCCUCCUCCGCCUCGUACCAGGGAUCGCCACAGCUCAGCCUCGGCGGUCACUCGGGCAGCUCGAGCACCCUGCUGCAGCAGCCCCACCACUCGCCCUCGCUCUCGAUGACCAGCAACGGGUCCUGCCAGCAGCCACAGCAGUCCGCAGAGAGUAACGGGGCAGGCGGAGCAGCCAGCAACAACAACAACACCAUUGGACAGUACAGCAGCGCCACAGCGCCGCGCAUAAAGAAGAGCGCCUACAAUGCCCCACGUUCGGUGGUGCUGCACCGCGCCAAGCGCGGCUUCGGCUUCAUUUUGCGUGGGGCCAAGGCCAGCUCCCAGCUGAUGCAGCUGCGACCCUCGGAACGGUUUCCGGCUCUGCAGUAUCUGGACGACGUGGAUCCGGGCGGAGUGGCGGACAUGGCCGGACUGCGGCCGGGCGACUUCCUGCUGACCAUCAACGGGGAGGACGUGAGCGCCGCCUCGCACGAACAGGUGGUGGAGAUGAUCCGAUCGGCGGGAGCCCUGGUCAAUAUGACGGUGAUAUCGCCGCAGUUCCCCCACCAGAUGCAGGCCACAGUCCAGUACCUGCCCAGCGGGGCCAGGGCCGGCAGCCAGCACUUGUCGAGCGGACCGAGCACACCGCAGACAUCGCACCGCCAGUGCGCCACACUGCCGCGCAAGAUGUCAAUGGGACCGGGCAGCCAUGGCGGCUCCUCGGCCGGAGGGAGUGUGCGAAUGGCACCCAUGCCACCGCGAAGGGAUCCGAAGACGACGCUGAGCGUGGGUCGUGCCAGGGCCAAGUCCAUGGUGGCUGGCCUCGAGAAUGGCGGCGAGAAGGAGGACGAUGUGCCGCACACCAAGUCCAAUUCGGUGGAGUCCAUUGCCACGUCCAUUGCGGCGUCCGCGUCCACAAGCAACGGCAACGGCAAUGGCAACAACAAUCAGACGGGACCCGGCACUCCCGUCCAGCUGCGCACGGCCAGCAUCAAGGCCCGGCCCACAUCCAGUCGAAUCACGGCUGCCGAGCUGGAGGAGCUGUUCCAGCGGCAGCAGGGCGAUGGCAGCGCCGCCAAUGCCAGCCGCUAUGCCACCAUGAUGACCAGCUCCCGGUUCCAGUCGGGCACGGACAGUGGCGCUGCCACGCCGCCCGCUACCAACGGAUCGCCCAUGCGGACCGGACCCCUGGUCUAUGGCAGUGUGGCCGAAAUGAAGCGCAAGACGGCCAGGAGCAAGCAUGGAGGCGUCAUUGGCAGUGGCAGCGGCACGUUGCGUGGCAAGCCAGUGGCCACGCCCACAGUGGGUGGAGCUGGCGGAGUAGGCGGCCCGGGCGGACGCGACUUGAAGCGAUUCCACUCUACGCCCGAUCUGCACGGUGCCCAGCUGCACGGCUCAGUCUCGUCCAUCUGGCAGGCGGCCGGCAAGGGUCAUCACUCGCAGGACGACGUGGCCACGCUGCACGCCUCGCUGCAGCGUCUCAACACCAUGGAGGGCAAAGGAGGAGCCGGACCAGUGCUACCCCCACCUAAUCAUCCACCACCGCCACCGCCUGUCGGCCAGGUGGUCAAGGUGGAGACGCGCAGCAGCGUCUCGGAGUACGAGAGCACCAUCUCCUUGCAGCAGAAGCUGAAGAAGCGGACCGAGAACGAUGCCGUGACCAGUGCGGCCAUCGAUGGCGUCCAGAGCAGCUUCAAUCCCUCGGCCAAUGCCAAGAUCUAUGCCUCGCCCCAGGAGCUGCGCAACGUGAUGGCCUGGAAGCUGCGCCAAGCGCAAGAGAAGCCGACACAGGAGACCUCUGCGAGCUCUCAGCAGCAGCAACAGCAGCAGCAACAGCAGCAGCAGCAACAGCAGCAGCAACAGGCACAGCACCAGGUCAGCCAGUAUGCAGCUCCCACACAGAUGCGUCCGCAGCAACAGCAGCAGCAACAGCAGCAGCAAAAGCAACAGCAGCAGCAACAGCAACAAUCCCACUAUGCGGCGCCCCAGGUGCAAGUUCAGCAGCAGCAACAGCAGCCGAUACCCCAGUCCCCGCCCGCACCACCGCCUCCACAGUCUCAGUUUCAGCCACAGGCGCAGCCAGCGCCUGUUGCAGCUCAGCAAGCGACACAGAAUGGAAAUGGAAAUGCCAGUGCAGGGGGAGGUGGAGGUGGAGCACCACCCAUCCCAGAGCCGGACUACAGCUGCAGCGAGUCGGAUGGUGAGGACGAGAAUUCCAUUCUGGUGGCGCGCAACACGAAGCUCAACGAGAAGAUAGCCCUGUUCGAUGUGCCCGAGACCAGCGGCAACAGUCAGGCCAGUGGCAGCAGCUCGAACUCUGGCAGUGCGUCCAUCUCACAUUCGCUGUCGGUGGACGAGAUCCAACGCAUACGCAGCAAUCUCAAGACCUCCAAGUCGUCGCCCAAUGGCUUCGCAAAGAAUCCAGAGGAGGAGCAAACGCAGCAACAGCAGCAGGUGCAGAUGCAGGUGCAACAGCAGCCACAACCACACCCAGGACCAGGACCGGGUCCAGGCGAAGAUGAGUGCGACACUAGCAGCUUUGCAGUAAGCAGCGAUCAAGAUGGUGUGAUGGCCAUAGCAGGUGGAGCAGCAGCAGCAGCAGUUGCAGUUGCAGCUACAGCCAAGCCCACAGACACCAUCAAGAAGAAGCCGACAGUGACCAUUGUGGAAGAGCCGAAGACUAUACCCGAUCAGCCCAUGGCCAGCAGCAAGCCCAUGGCCAAGACCACAAUCAGCAUAGGAGGAGCAAGUGGAGCAGCCAGCACCACGCUGACAGUCAAGCAGUUGGUGCAACAGCAGCACGUUCCCGCUAUACAGCAGCAGCAGCAACAACAGCAGCAGCAGCUCGGCACCAAGCCGACAGCCACAGUGGCCACAAUGGCCAGCAACAUCAACAUGAAAUCUCUUGGCGGCAACAGUGCCACAUCAGUGAUGAGUCCACAGGUUCUGGGACGCAUACCCAACGUGCAUCACCAUCAGCUGCAGCAGCAGCAGCAGCAGCAGCAGCAGCAGCAGCAACAGCAGCAACAGCAGCAACAACAGGCGAAUCCCAACCAGAAAUUGAUAGCCACGCAGCAGCAGAUCCUGCAGCAACAGCAACAGCAGCUGGCCCACCAACAACAUCUGCAGCAGAUCCUCAAGGCGAAGGCAGCCGCCGCCGGGGGAGCUAGCAACACGGCCGCCCUGGUGGCCAAGCAUCAGCAGCAGUUGCACAAGGGAAACAGCGGCCACGAAUCAGAGAUGGAACAGCGCUCCGACCUGGAGGAUGACGACGGAGACUUGAGCCCUUCGCCGCCUGCCAAGGCCUUUCAGCGGCACAACUCGCUCACACGCAAGCAGGCGGCGGCCAUUGCCAUGCAGCGGGGCGUGACUCGCACCUCGGCCGUCUCGCUGAUGCAGUUGCCACCGCCCUUGGAGGCCGACAGCGAUGGUGAGCCGUCACAGCACACACUGCAACGCCAGCAUCCACAUGCUCACCCACACCAGCUCCAGCAGCAGCUUCAGCAACAGCAGCAGCAACAGCAGCAGAUCCAACACCAGCAGCAACAGCAGCAGAUGGCCACGCAUAUUGUGGGCGUCUUGCCCAGCGGACAGUUGGUGGCUGUUGCCUCUGGUGCUGUUGCUGGUGGGCCGGGCGGUGCGGUUGUGGCGCAGCCUGGCAACAACAAUAUGCAGCUGUGCACCGAUAACUUGGUCCUGGCGCCGCCGCCGCAGUUCUGCGAUUGUAACGAUGCCAAGCACGCGCCGCAAUCGCAGCCCCAUUUGCCGGCCAGCCAAUACCAUCCACAGCAACAAUUGCAACAGCAACAACUGCAACAGCUGCAACAGCAGCAGCAACAACAACAGCAACAGCAGCAACAACAGAUGCUACACCACCACCAACGUCUGUCCGGUGGGGCUGGAGCUGGAGCCGUGGGCACCUUGGGACGUGUGCGCAUCGUUGGGACCAUGACCAAGGCCAAUCACCAUCGGCUGCACUAGGCUGAGCUGUAGGAGCUGCGGGAAUCAAAUCAAACAUUUGCCAAAUCGUUAAUUCGUUAAUUAUAGUUAGUCAACAGUCAUUGCCAUUCACAAAGAAUAGCUGCGGCUGCCUGCAAUCGAGGAAAAGCGCCACAAGUAGUGCAUUAAGCAACACAUGACGGCAUAGUAGCAUAGCAGGCAUAGCAAUGAAUCCAUUUCAGACACAAAUCGAAUCCGUUGCUACUUCUGUAUAUUCAAAGCAAAUACACAACAUUCAAGUUCAAAGCGCUACACCCACAAGAAAGUAAUUAUAAAUGCAAGAAAUAUUGUAGAACUAGAGGCGGAGAUUAUGUGCGUGUGUGUCUAAUUUGUCGAAGCAAUGCCCAUAUACCAGAGGGAAACUAAACGAAACACAAUCUUAAAUUACUUUUAUUAUAUUUAUUGCGUGUGAUAUAAAUUUAUGUAGGCUGACCCGAGACCAGCAACUAAACAAAAAAAUAUUUCUAAUCUGACAGAGAAAGUGCAGGAGUAUGUAUGCAAUAUUUGAUUAUGUUAGUCACCAGAUUCAAUCGAAAUCCCAUUCCCAGCCAUUGAAAACAAACUGAAUCGAAUUGAAUGUAUUCCUUCCUUUAGUUUGCUUUCGAACUGCACAAUGUCGAUGAAAUGUCCCACAUAGAAAUAGCUACAUACAUAAAUACGUAUACAUAUAUGCAUAACAUAACCGAUUUAGUUGAUAAUGUUGAGGGGGCCGCCAGGGGCAAAUUCAUUUCUUCAGUAUCCAUCCAUUGAUCAUUCGUGUUCGUCUUCGUGUUCGACUAGGGCACAAAACAUUUAAGUGACAUUAACAUUAUUAAUUCAAUACACAACUAGCGUAGGUUUUAUAUGCCUAACCGAGAAUAAAGGAGAAUACGAUAGAAGUUGCACCGAGUAACAAUAAUAUUUGAAUUUGAGCAUUUAGCCGAAUUUCCAGUCAAGUCAAGUCAACUAAACUAAACUAAACUAAAUACUAAACAGAUACUAAAACUUAUAAUGUUUUUAAACAUGAAUAUGCGAGUAUAUAACACGAUAUUCCAUAGGCCGAAAAUUUCAUAAUCCAAAAAGAAAAACAUAAUUGGAAAUCGAAAACAAAAACAAAACGUAAAUUUUUGCUAGUAAAAUUUACAGAUUUUUACUUUUAAAAGAUUUUUUGUACAAUUGUUUUUUAGAGAAAAACCCUGAAACUUGCCCAAGUAUUACGAGAAAGAUAACACAACGGAGGAAAGUGACGUAUUAUAUUGAAAGAGGUUCUCAAAUAUUUGCCAGCGCUUAACGCAAAUAUUGUCAUAGGCAACCCAAACUUAUAGAAUGCGUUUUCACAAAUAACAAUUAUUAUAACUAAGGCUGAUUUUAUUGCAUAAUUCAUACAAAAACAAAACCACAGAUAAAGAUACAAGUACACAUAUAUGCACUGAAGCAGAAAACAGAAACAGAAUUCAAACACAUUCAUACACUGAUAAUGCAAUUGAAUAAUUACGAAGAACUCCACUCACCAAAACAACCGAUUGAUGCAUUUACACUGUUUAAACGAGGCGGCAGGCUCUUUGAGAUAUUGCUAGAAUUGAAUGGUUGAAUACGAGUAUAGUGAAAUCUUUCCAAUUGGCAGGCCGCACCUUUUCCCUAGCAUCUAAGUGUUGAAAAGUUAGUACGCAUAAAGCUAAACCAUAAACAUAAUAUAACAUAUGUACGAGUAAUUAUUGGCAGACCUAGAAUCUAAAUAGAUUUUAUCACACUUUUUAGUUCUCGCAAUAGUUGCUAAUUAUUUGUAAAUUGUUUUAGUUCCAACCCACACUUACACCCGCUUACAUAUACCUACAGAAAUAUGAUUAGCCGUCAAGCCUGUUAGUUAUUAAGUUUACCUGCCUGGGACAUCCAAGUGGUUUGCUCAGUUCAGUCCUACACACGUCUAGACAUACAUUUGUAAACCUAUAUUAUGCCCAUUACAUGUAAACCGAUUACGUUCAGCUGUUCAGCGUGCAAUUGCGAAUGCCGAAAGCUAUACGAGUAUAAACGAAUAUUGAAUAUGCAUACACACCAGAAUGAUAAUGUUAAACUAUUAAAGCACACUACACUCCCCACACACACACACACACACACACACUUUAAAAGCAUGUAUUUAAAAUUAUGGCAAAUAUCUAUCAUAAGUCGUCAAAUAUGCAAUUAUGUAUUAUGAACAUGCGUAUGAAGAAUCAAUAAAUAUUAAUGAAAACUA